AUGUCUUUAUCAUCUAAAAAUAUAAAUCUUCUUUUAAAUUUUCUCAAUGAAGACACAUGCGGUUCGACAUCCACGUUCGAACAGAUUUCUCAAGACUUCCAACGUGAAAUCUCGAAAAGCGAGUACUUACAUGUUGGAAAUGCUUUGCUCUUAUUGUUACAAAAUCGAGAUUUAACCCCGACGGUAGCGCAACGUUUAAUUAUUUUUUAUCUUUUCAUUGAAAUGUACAAAACGGAUCAACAAUCAAUUUCUCUACAUCCAUUCGCACCUGUUUUUCUUUCGAUUCUACAAACCAACGGAGAUCAAUCAUUGAAAAGUCAUAAACAUUUUCACUGGAUCAUCUCACCUGUUACUCGACACGAACGAAUAUUUGUUUCUUUAUUAAUUAAAGCGAACGCAAACAAAGACAUUAUUAAAAAAACACCCAAUCAAUUUUUACAAACAGAUUUUCCAAUCAAUGACGACCAGCUACAGAAAGAAAUCCACCAACAAUUAGCAGAACAACUUCGCCAACAAAGGCGACAAAUGCCAGCUCUUGUUCAAUGCCAUAUACCGGCAGUCAUCAACGAUCCAGAGAUCAAUACCUAUGGAUACGAUACGUUAAUCGGUGGUCCAAAUUGUCGAUCGGCAAACACACAUCAAACUAUCGAACGGUUAUUAGUCAAUAAUGUUAUGGAACAAACAAUUCAUCCUGAAUAUCUUCGUUUGGUUCCACCUUUACAUGAAUGCACAAUGGACGAACUCGUUUGGCUGUCACCCAUACCGAAUCUCGAUAUCGACACAUCGUUAUUUACUUGGGAUGAUUCUAUGUGUAUGUCAAAAUCGGCCUAUUCCGAAGUUCGAUUGAUAAUGGAUAAAGCUUAUCAAGGUGCAAUAAAUCUUCAGCAACAGCAAAAGAUCCUCGACGAUCUUGAUCACGAUCCUGAGCUUGUUCAUCAUCUUGGUUUAACGCCUCAAAAAUUACCAUCAUUAGUCGAAAAUAAUCCAACGAUCAGCACCAGUUGUCUGCUCAAACUGAUCUCAUCCAGUCAAAUGACAGAUUAUCUUCAUACGCUAGUACAGAUGGACAUGAGUUUACAUUCAAUGGAAGUUGUCAAUCGACUAUCCACGUCCAUGGAAUUGCCACGCGAAUUCCUUCAUCUGUACAUCUCAAGAUGUAUAAAAAAAUGCGACGAAACGAAGGAUAAAUAUCUUCAAAGUCGUUUCGUUCGACUCGUUAGUGUAUUGGUUCAAUCGUUGAUACGGAAUAAAGUUAUUGACGUCAAAGAUCUUUUCGUUGAAGUUCAAGGUUUUUGUAUUAAUUUCCGGAAUAUCAAAGAAGCAGCUGCGCUUUUUCAACUUCUGAAAACAUUCGAUUUACGAAACGACGAUGCGCACGAUUCAACAGCAUUGUUAGUUGUUAAUGAUGAGUGA